AUGAAUUGCUUACCAGGUUUAUAUACGAUUUUGGCUCUGCUAUCCUUUGCAAGCAUGGCGUUGGCAGUCCCCAUACAUUACGGAGCGGUGUACUCGCAUGCGCCGCUAAUACACGCACCAGUCGCCGUAGCCGAGCCCAUAGCUUAUCCAAAGUACGCAUUUAACUAUGGAGUCAAGGACCCGCACACUGGUGAUGUAAAAUCUCAGCAGGAGGAGAGAGACGGAGAUGUCGUUAAAGGCAGUUAUUCCUUAGUAGAGCCGGAUGGUACCACGAGGACUGUAAACUACUCCGCUGAUGAUCACACCGGAUUCAACGCAAUUGUACAUAGAUCUGGACACGCAGUACACCCGGUUGCAGUAAAACAAGUGGCACACUAUGCGGCUGCACCAACACUUGUUCUCUCUUCGUAUGGACACCAC